AUGUUUCGCCCAGCCACUCCUUUGAACCCUGAAGCAAAGGAAUUCUUCAAAUCUGAUGACCGCCGAGAUUCAAUGCCCAUCUGUUCUCUUACGGACGAUCCCGCGAUAAAGGGAAUCCGCCACAAUCGUGAGAAACUAUACCGCCUAAUUCGCGAAAAACCUGAGCAAGUUUGGGAAAGGUUCUGUCGAAAGUACGAGUCACUACAGAGCUCCUCUUACAAACUUACUGGAGAACUGGCCAAAAUCGAGGCUCUGUGGGAGGAGACUAAAGCCGAGAGAGACCAGCUAGCCCAGGAAAUUAUACGACUUCAAGCGGCAGCUAAAGAAGCAAUGGCUUACGAAGCAGGUACGGACCGAGGUGAGAGAAACCACAAAGAUCUCGUAGAUGAUUUGGCGGCAACCAAAGCCAGUCUAGCUGUGAUUACGGGAGAGCGCGACUCCCUCUUCAAAGAAAAUGCCCAGGUCACCUCUGAGCGAGACCAGGCCCGCAACACGAUCGUAGAUUAUGUCGCCCGAAUGCUUAAACAAGCAGAAGGAGCUUCUUCCCAUCCUGCCAUUCUUUCCGAUGGAAACAAUGUCGAAUUCAAUACCUGGAAAUCCGAGAUCCGACGAAAGCUUGCCGCUGACAGUGGGUAUUACCCCACUGCAAUUCAUCGAUUGAUCUACGUCUCUAGCCGAUGUGAAGGAUUUGCAAAGCGGCAUAUUGACCCUCGCCUUUGCGAGGGCGCUAUUUGUCCUUACCAAGACGCAGAUGACAUCCUCAAGCAUCUUUCUAUUAUUUUCGCGAACCGACGGACUCAAGCCCAAGUUCAUUACAAAGAAUUGUUCAUGAACUAUGGAGAUAACUUUCAAGUCUUCUUGGCCACCUUCCUUCGACUGUCCGAUGAAACGAAGCGACCUGAAAUCAACAGAAAGCGAGAUAUUUACAGUAAGUUACCUCGACAAAUGCAAACCUUGAUGCUGGAAGCAUUCACUUCGUUGUCGACUCCGUUCGACAUAUUCGUUGAAAAAUGUCAGGAAAUACCGAGUGACAUUACUCUUCAGUUCAAUACUAUGGCCAAUACUAAAGAGACGAAGAAGGUAUUGGCUCCAGCAGUUAAACAGACUAUCAUGAAGGACCAGAAGCCGGUUUCUAAUGAUAGAACUUCUGGUACGCAAACGACACUCCGUGAUGGAACCCCGAUACCCAUUUUAACUUCGGAGCAAAAACAUAUUUUUUUGCGUGAAGGCAAGUGUUUCGCUUGCGAGGGCGAUCAUGUCUACCGGGACUGCCCGCACCGCCGCCCAGUAAGUUAG